AUGCCACCUAGACCAAGUAUAACCUCUUCAUUCGCUCGAAUGUCUUUGCGAGGACUUCAAACGACCGCACCACUUCCACCACCUACUACUCCCCUUCCACCCAUCAACGACACUCCUUCGUCUUCUUCCUCCUCAUCUUCAUCGUCCUUCACAUCAGCAUUAUCACACUUACCACCAAUCUUACCUUCAUCCACACCGGAAAGUACUCUACCUUCAUCGACCUCAUCAGCCCUAUCAUUACUCUCGUCCCAAUCUACAUCAUCCAAUGGCCGAUAUAUCUUGGCACGACUGCAUUCAAGGACAUACUUACUACAUCCACGCGAUAUAUUGACUUUACCCACAUUGAAACCAUUACAGAGCCCAGGAUCAACAUUAAAUCUAACUAAAAUAAUCGAAGUUGGUUCGAGGGAUUAUGCGAUUAAGUCUCAGGCAGCUUCCGCAUCUUUAUUGAAGAGAAAUAUGGAUUGGAAAGAAAAGAGAUUAUCUGUAUUCGAGAAUAUUCCAAAUGAUUUAGUCAAUUGCCAAUUGACCGUGUUAGAACACACGAAAUCACCUAUGGAGAGGAUAUUGAAGAAGAAGAGAAGAAAGGGUUAUAAGAAGACUAUAGAACACAAACAAGGUUGGACAAGGUUGAGAGUUGGUGAUAUUCAUUUGGGUCAACCUCAGGCUCAAGUUCAAUCAGAAGCCGAGCCAUCGAUAUAA